AUGGCGUCGUCCCCGGUCUCCUACUGGUGCUACCACUGCAGCCGCUUCGUGCGGGUCUCCCCGGCCACCGUCGUCUGCCCCGACUGCGACGGCGGCUUCCUCGAGCAGUUCCCGCACCCGCCGCCGCCGCGCGGCGGCGGCGGCAGCGGCCGGCGCGGGGCCAUGAACCCCGUGAUCGUGCUGCGGGGCGGCUCGCUCUCCGGCUUCGAGCUCUACUACGAGGACGGCUCCGGCGACGGGCUGCGGCCGCUGCCCGGCGACGUCUCGCACCUCCUCAUGGGGUCCGGCUUCCACCGCCUGCUCGACCAGUUCUCGCGGCUGGAGGCGGCCGCGCCGCGCCCGCCGGCCUCCAAGGCCGCGGUCGAGUCGAUGCCUUCCGUGACCGUCGCCGGGGGAGGCGGGGCCCACUGCGCGGUGUGCCAGGAGGCCUUCGAGCCCGGCGCCGCGGCCCGGGAGAUGCCGUGCAAGCACGUCUACCACCAGGACUGCAUCCUCCCCUGGCUCUCCCUCCGCAACUCCUGCCCCAUCUGCCGCAGCGAGCUUCCGGCGGCGGCCGUGCCUGAGGCGGAGGCGGACGCCGGGCUCACCAUCUGGCGACUCCCCCGCGGCGGAUUUGCCGUCGGAAGGUUCGCCGGCGGGCCCAGAGAGCAACUGCCGGUUGUCUACACGGAGCUGGAUGGUGGUUUCAGCAACGGCGUCGGGCCGAGGCGGGUGACAUGGCCAGAAGGAGAAGGGCAGGUGGACGGCGGCGAAGGUCGGAUUCGCCGUGUAUUUAGGAACCUGUUUGGGUGCUUUGGCCGGGGCGGCCGGCCCGAGAGUUCCUCGCAGUCCCGUAGUGGCUGA